AAAUGCAGUCUCGGUAACAGUUUGACAGGUUGUCAGCACUGUAGUUUACGUGUUAACCGUUAGAUGGUAGUAUCGUGUCCCUCACUAAAAGCACAAAGCGCAAGCGGGAAGAAAUGUAUUUUUUACAAAUGUAAAAAUAUUCUUAGCAAAAAUAAGAAGUGAACCCUGGGGCAACCUAUCUCAACACGUGACUUCUGCAGAAAAGCAGACGUCACCUUUAACCUCCUAGCUAUUCAAAAAACUUUAUUGCUGUCCCAGUGCUUUUAUUGAUAAAGUUUGAAUUUGAACCCCUGCUAAAAUCAUGGCGACGGAUCAAACUAUGCACGGAGUUCCCCCUUCAUUGUCUGCCAGAGUGGUUGGGUCAUUUGCUUAUUUGACCGUUAGAGACAGACUACCCACCAUCCUGACCAAAGUUGUUGACACAAUUCAUCGCAAUAAAAACAAGUUUUUUGAGGAAUACGGAGAGGUGGGUAUCCAGGCAGAGAAGCAAGCUAUAUCUCUGCUAUCUAAGCUGAGGAAUGAGCUGCAAACUGACAAGCCAGUGCUAGCACUGACAGACGGCCUACCGGACACAGAUUCCUGGAACCAAUACCUAGAGAGGCAGCAGAGACUGCAAGGUGACCAGGAGCCUGUCAGCUGGUUCAAGUCUCCCUGGCUUUACGUGGAGUGCUACAUGUACCGUAGGAUACACGAGGCGCUCUUGCUCAAUCCUCCCAUCAGUGACUUUGAUGUCUUUAAUGAGGGAAAGACUCAGAGCUUUACUGAGUCUUCACAGGCUGUGAUGUCCUUGUGUACGUACUUGGAGGGCAUCAAGAACAACAUAGAUGAGCUGUCUAAGAAUCCGCUGUUUGAGCAUUUCAGCAAACUAAUGCAGGUAUCUCUGUGGGGAAACAAGUGUGAUCUGUCAAUAUCUGCUGGCCAAGAGAACUCCCAGAAGACCAGUCCACUAGAUUCCCUCUACAGCCUCCUGCCCUUCAUCCUGGUGGAUGACACCAAAAGGGUAUGGUCAGCUCUUAUUUCUGCGCAGAGGCCAAGGGAUUCAGGGAAAAACAAUGCAGACAGAGUGGACAUUGUUCUAGACAAUGCUGGCUUCGAGUUGGUCACUGACUUGGUCUUAGCCGACUUCCUGGUUUCCUCUGGCCUUGCACGUCAGAUUCAUUUUCAUGGCAAAUCCAUCCCGUGGUUUGUCUCUGACGUCACAGCUAACGAUUUUCAGUGGACCAUUCGGCAGGCCAUGGCAACCAAUCACAAGUGGGUUUCCAAAUGUGGUGUUCAGUGGCAGAGGUACUUGAAAGAGGGAAUGUGGUGCUAUCAUGAUCAUCCUUUCUGGACACAGCCCCAUGAGUUCUGCGACAUGGCAGCCGAUGCUCCUGACCUGUAUACAACCCUGCAGGGAGCAGACCUGGUGCUGUUUAAAGGCGAUCUCAACUACAGGAAGCUGACUGGAGACAGGGACUGGGAGCACACAGUAAGCUUUGAAACUGCACUGCGAGGCUUUGGGCCUGCACCGCUGUGCAGCCUGAGGACUCUCAAGGCCAACAUUCAGGUUGGUCUGCAACCGGGACAAGGGGAGAAGCUUACCUCCCAAGAUCCAAGCUGGAUGACUAGCGGCAAGUACGCUGUGAUUCAGUUCCACAAUCCAAAGUCAGAAUAGUAAGGUUCAAAUCAGGAACUCACUUUGAUGACAUGGGUUUAAAAAGAAGCUUCAUAAGCAGGCGAUACCUUUAAACCACUAGACACUUCAGUUAGGGGAAUUGUUAAAUGCUGUUUACUAGCACUUCAUCAAGUUUGAUUCAGGAACGCGCACAAUAAUUAAUACUCAGUAAUAAUUUCAUAAAAAGCCAUCUCAUAUCAAAAUUUCACAUCCUACAUUUUAUCCUACAUGUGUUGUAAACCAUGAAUUUAGUCAUACUGUUUACAGGUUAAUGCUGCGAGCAAUUACUGAGAAAAAACUGAGUAUGAAUUCUAUAGCAGAAACAGUUUUGCAUGCAGUUGUGAGAAUGAUGUAAAUCUAACUUAUAGUUUGUUUGCGUUUUUUUGUUGUUGUUGUUUUUCUUUCUUUUUUUUUAUUCAGCUCAGGUUGUUUUACUCCGUGUGAUUACAGCGAGUUAAGUUCACCAAAAGCAGAUCAUAACAUUUUUUGAAAACUACAUUGUUGUUGGAGCAGUGUAACAAUAAGUGGCAUGUGCUUGUUUUGCUUAAAAUGGGAACCUGGACCUCUAUCUCCAUAGAUAAAAGUGGAUGUCUCUUUGCACAUUGUCAUGUCGUUUGUCACUUUUAGUAAUCAACAGGUGAUGUUAACUGGAUCCCAUAGUGCUGCUGGGUGAAAAUGUUAUUUUGAUCAUUUGUUUUGAUUUAAUAAAUCACUACUAUGACUCUG